CUAUGGGAUCGGGACCCAUGUUUUAACCCAAUGCCUCAUGUGGUUUGUGUGCACACUAUAGUUUGAGAAGCUCCUGUUAGGGGUCCCUCCUCUUACCUUCUGCCGGCUGUCAGUUCAAUAGCCUCUGGCUGGGGCAGCCACUCACCAGCAGAGGGCAUUGUAGGGAGGGGUUCACCUGUCCCCAGGUUUUCUCUUUCUCUGUCUCCUCCCUCCCAGACCCAGACUAUUAAGACCUCUGACUUCUGGGAUCCUCAGCUACUCCACUCCCCUGCCUUGGCUGGACUUUGCCAAUAGACAGGGACAGAUUCCCCCACCCCUCUUUAGGUCACUGGGAGGGAGGACUUUGCCGGGAAGCUCCGGGCCACUCCUGCCCGGAUUCCCCGCCCACCUCCACUUGUCUGCUGGCCCGGUGACAGAGUCUGACUGACUGCUCUGUUUCCAGACAAGGAACUGCUAUUCCUGGAUGAGCAGGGGGGCCUCUGGGAGCACCCACACAGUAAGGUUUGGACUCAUCCAUCCUGGUACUUUUUACAUGCUUCAAUAACGAGAUCUAUCAGGGCUUGAGUGGGCAUGGUAAAAGCCAGUGAUGUGGGAGAAGGGUUGAGAAUUUCCUCGAAGGACGUGAGAAAAGCUUUGCAGCAGGAGCCCAGAUCUUCGUGCUGGAGGAGGCAACUCCCUAGAGACAGGUUCUUGGCUUUGGCUGGCACAGGGGUGCACGGGGGCUGGCAGCAUCAAAUGACCAGGUGGAUGUGCUCCCAUGAGUGCUCCUUCCAACCUGCCCAGUUCCUACUGCUGGUGGGAGUCCCGGUGGCGAGUGCCCUCCUUCUGGUCCAGUGCCUCCGAUGGCACUGUCCUCGCUGGCUGCUGGGGGCCUUUUGGAAGCUGGAUAACCAAGAGGAGCCAGUGUCCCAUCCCACUCCUCUACCAGAAAAUGAGUCCCCAAGGCAGUGCCCGCCAGCCACACUGCCGGAAAUGGCUGCCUUCUACCAGGAACUGCAUACACCCACUCAAGGCCAGACCGUUGUCCGUCAGCUGAUGCACAAGCUGUUGGUGUUUUCGGCUCGAGAGGUGGAUCACCGCGGUGGCUGCCUGAUGCUCCGGGAUAUGGGCAUCUCUCUGCUCAUCCCGCCAGGUGCUGUGGCUGUGGGCCGCCAGGAGCGGGUAUCGCUGAUCCUGGUGUGGGACUUGUUGGAUGCCCCGUUGUUGUCCCGAGCCCAGGGGCUGGUGAGCCCUGUGGUAGCAUGUGGCCCCCACGGGGCCUCCUUCCUGCAGCCUUGCACCCUCACGUUCAAGCACUGUGCCCAGCAGCCCCGCCAUGCACGCACUUACAGCAGCAACACGACCCUGCUCGAUGCCAAGGUCUGGAGGCCCCUAGGGCAGCCAGGGGCCCACACGUCCAGGGACGAGUGUCGCAUCCGCCUCUCUCACUUCAGCCUCUACACCUGUGUGCUGGAGGCGCCUGCGGGCCGGGAAGCCCGCAAGUGGCUGCAGCUGGCUGUGUUCUGCUCGCCGUUGGUGCCAGGACAGUCCCACCUGCAGCUGCGCAUCUACUUUCUCAACAACACGCCCUGCGCCCUGCAGUGGGCCAUGGCCAACGAGCAGCCCCACGGUGGGCGCCUGCGCGGGCCCUGCCAGCUCUUCGACUUCACGGGGGCCCGAGGGGACCAGUGCCUGAAGCUCAAGUACAUCUCUGAGGGUUGGGAGAACGUGGAUGAGAGCAGUUGCCAGCUGGUUCCCCAUCUCCACAUCUGGCAUGGAAAGUGCCCCUUCCGUUCCUUCUGCUUCCGGAGGAAAGCAGCCAAUGAGAAUGAGGACUGCUCAGCGCUUACCAAUGAGAUCAUUGUCACCAUGCAUACCUUCCAGGACGGCAUGGAGACCAAGUACAUGGAAAUCCUCAGAUUCCAGGCAUCAGAGGAAGAAUCCUGGGCAGUGCCACCCCCUGCCUCUCAGCCACCCCCAUGCAACAGGCUGCCUCCAGAGCUCUUUGAGCAGCUGCAAAUGUUGUUGGAGCCAAACAGCAUCACGGGCAAUGACUGGCGUCGACUGGCCUCCCACUUGGGGCUCUGCGGCAUGAAAAUCCGGUUCCUGUCCUGCCAGCGCAGCCCAGCCGCAGCCAUCCUGGAGCUGUUUGAGGAGCAGAACGGCAGCCUGCAGGAGCUGCACUACCUCAUGACCGUCAUGGAGCGGCUGGACUGCGCCUCGGCCAUCCAGAACUACCUGAGCGGGACGCACGGUGGCGGGGGCGCCCAGGAGAACCAGCGCUUGGAACUGGACGAGAAGCUCUGAGCGCUCCCAGGGGGCAGGGUGGGGACCUCCUCGCAGCACUCUGGGCACCUGGGGGCCCCGACACCGAGGGAGAGCGCGGCAGCUGCUUCUGGCCGCGCCCACCGACCUCAUCAGAACCCUCAGACGGUGGCUGUGGCCGCCGUGAGAC